AUGCUUUACAAGAUCCGAAACAGUUUUGUCAUCUUCAUCUUCCUUAACUCUUCGAAGCAUGUCUCUGAUCAGUGGGUGUCUGGGGUUAAUUUCAAAUGGGGUUAUUCACAGUUCAUAAACUUUCCUAUUUAUGUAUGGAGCAGCAAGACUGAAACGGUUGAGGAACCUGCCAAAGAAGAAGAAGCAGCAAAAGAAGAUAAAGAAGAAGCUGAUGAUGAAGCUGCAGUAGAAGAAGAGGAAGACGAAAAGAAACCAAAAACUAAAAAAGUUGAAAAAACUGUCUGGGAUUGGGAACUGAUGAACGAUAUCAAACCCAUAUGGCAGAGACCAUCAAAAGAAGUAGAGGAGGAUGAAUACAAAGCUUUCUACAAAUCAUUUUCAAAGGAAAGCGAUGACCCCAUGGCAUAUAUCCACUUUACUGCUGAAGGGGAAGUUACCUUCAAGUCAAUUUUAUUCGUACCCACAUCUGCCCCACGUGGUCUGUUUGAUGAAUAUGGAUCCAAGAAGAGCGAUUACAUUAAGCUGUAUGUGUGCCGAGUAUUCAUCACAGACGACUUCCAUGAUAUGAUGCCCAAGUACCUGAAUUUUGUCAAGGGUGUUGUGGACUCGGAUGAUCUCCCCUUGAAUGUUUCCCAUGAGACACUUCAGCAACAUAAACUGCUUAAGGUGAUUAGAAAGAAGCUUGUCCGUAAAACUCUGGACAUGAUCAAGAAGAUUGCUGAUGAGAAAUACAAUGAUACUUUUUGGAAAGAAUUUGGUACCAACAUCAAGCUUGGUGUGAUAGAAGAUCACUCAAAUCGAACACGUCUUCCCAAACUUCUUAGAUUCCAGUCUUCUCAUCAUCCAAGUGACAUGACUAGUCUAGACCAGUAUACAGAAAGAACGAAGGAGAAGCAGGACAAAAUCUACUUCAUGGCAGGGGCCAGCAGGAAAGAGGCCGAAUCUCCUCUUGUUGAGCGACUUCUGAAAAAGGGCUAUGAAGUGAUUUAUCUCACAGAACCUGUGGACGAAUACUGCAUUCAGGCUCUUCCCGAGUUCGACGGGAAGAGGUUCCAGAAUGUUGCCAAAGAAGGAGUGAAGUUUGAUGAAAGUGAGAAAAGUAAGGAGAGUCGUGAAGCAGUUGAGAAAGAAUUUGAGCCUCUGCUAAACUGGAUGAAAGAUAAAGCCCUCAAGGACAAGAUCGAGAAGGCUGUGGUGUCUCAGUGCCUGACAGAGUCUCCGUGUGCUCUGGUAGCCAGCCAGUACCGGUGGUCUGGCAACAUGGAGAGGAUCAUGAAAGCCCAGGCAUACCAGACAGGCAAGGAUAUCUCAACCAAUUAUUAUGCCAGCCAGAAAAAUAUUCUUUUAUAUUAA